AUGCGUUAUAAGUCUCGUUUGAAAUGUAGACGCCAAAGAUUACGAUUUCAACAGUCUAGCCAUUGCAAAAAUAGCUUCUCUGUUAGGAGACGACUGGUCGGUCCGGCCUUCAGAGCAGCACUUAAAUCUGCCUGUAUGAGACCUGUGAAUUCAGGUGGAGUUUCGUCUGUAGAAAACACCAAUUUUUCACUCAACAGUGACCAGAUACCCCUUACUAAUUCCGGGUUGGUUUCCACACCUGGAUCACAUGUUCAGGAGAGUGGUUUCCACCGAAAAAAUAACGUCCACUCAGAUAGUCUGGACCCUCUUAAAUCUGUCGAUGAAAAUUUUAUGUCUUUGGAUCACCAAUCUAGUGACAGUUCCUACGAAAGAACCUUCGAUACUGCGGUUAAUUUGCCACCAGGCGUUAUUACAAAGCUCGAAGAGGAUUCUAUAAACAUCCAAAAUAUGGGUUCUGGAUUUUCAUCCACGAUUUUAAAAAACAAUCCAUGCCUUUUACAAGAAGUUUCAGUGGAUUCUAAAACUCACGUUGGAAUACACGAUCGCAUGAUCAGAACCACUAACUCUACCAAUAGUCAUCUAUUCUACGAUGCAGCAGAAACUAGCUUAUCAGAUCGUGAAAAGCUCAAUUUGACACCUAGAUCAAGUUCAAUCGACACGCAAAUCACAGAAGAUGUAGGAGUACCUGGCUGGUCGACAUUAACGCCAGGUACUCGAGAAAAACGUCGACAUCCUAGGAGACAGGACCUCACAAAUGAUGACUUAGGGAAGCUUGAAGAUUCGUCUAUUUGUGGUCUUAACAUAUCACCGGAAGUUGCAUUUGAUGACCAUGUGUAUGAACUUGAUGUUCAUCCAAAAGCAGAAGAUACUACUGACACUCCAGAGGAUGAUGAGGACUGCAAACGUUACUGUAUUUGCAGAGAUGUAAGUUACGGAGACAUGAUAGCAUGUGACGCUCCAGACUGUCCUUUUGAAUGGUUUCAUUAUGCUUGUGUGAACUUAACUGUUGCACCGAAAGGUCGAUGGUUCUGUCCGACAUGUUCCAAGUCUAUGACAAACAAAAAAAAUCUUAAAAAAAGUUCGUCUAGGAAAUAA